AUGCUACUGGGAUCAUCUUUGAAGUUCCUUCUCAUGAUCGUUUGCUACAAAAGAGGAACAACUUCUUCGAAGACUCUCGCAAUGGACAUGCGAAACGACAUCAUUACGUCAGUAGUCGCCAUCAGCUGUGCUACAAUCGGCUAUUAUUACUGGGCAUAUGCGGAUCCAGUCGGUGCCAUAGUAGUUUGUGGAUCUAUUGCGUUUUCAUGGUUCAACAAUGCUCUUGGAUAUGUUCCAAUACUCGUCGGUGUUCGCGGUGAGAGAGAUGAGCUCAGCAGAAUCCUCAAAAUCGUUAUUGAACAUGACGAACGAAUAAGGUGUAUCGACCACGUAAUGGUGUAUCACACUGGCCCCCAAGCCACAGUCGAGAUACAUAUAGUUUUGGACGAGAAUCUUCCCCUGAAGAUUACACACGACAUCUGUCAUCCGUUGGAGAAGAAACUACUGAAGCUCGACUUUAUUGAACGCGCAUUCGUUCAUUGUGACUAUGACUGUGAUGGAGACUAG